GGGACUGCCGCCCAUCAGACCGAGCCCAGCCCACAACUAUGGACAGCGACUCAAUGCUCGGCCCCGAAGCUUCUCCCGGAGAUAUCCAGCAAUUCAAGGACAGGGUCAACAAGACCCUCGAGUCAACCCGAUCGUCGUUGGAGAGAUGGAAGUCCUAUGAUCUGGACUAUGUCAAGCUCAAGGACCUGGUUCUCGAGCUUCCGACCAAGACACGCCACCCGAUCACGGUUCCGUUCGGUAGGCAUGCCUUUAUGCAGGGCCAUAUGGUCCACACCAAUGAAAUCAUGGUGCUGCUUGGCGACAACUGGUUUGUCGAACGCUCCGGCCAGCAAGCAGCCGAGAUCAUCGACCGCCGGAGAGAAUAUGUAAAACAGCAAAUUGAGGCUCUGGAAACUGGAAUCCGAAAUCUAUCCGCCAAGAGCGAUGUCACAGAGACAGGCCUCUUAGGCUUAAACGAGAUCAACGAAGAUGGGGAGGCGGUGUUUGAGAUCCGCGAGGAAUACGACGAAGCACACUCUCAAAGAGUUGUCAAGGAGGCAGCCGCCCCGGCCCUAUCCAAAGACCAUGCUCUGUCGGCGCCACCGGCACUUGAUCAGUCCAAGAUCGGCGCUUUCGAGCGGCAACUUUUGGAGCGACUCAGAAGGCUUGAAAUCGAGGAGGAGAAGGAGCAACAGGAUUUGGAAGAGCCGUCUACUCACAGCGACGAUGACGUGCUUGACGAAACCGAAUCCUUUGAUGGAAAUCAAGGGCACGAUGAUGAUUCUGACUCAAACGGUGACCCAAGAAUCCCGAAUCAUGUUGCUGGUGAAUUGCCGAUUCAGCACGGGAGUAACAGCGAAGAGCAGGAUACGGCCCUCCCUGUUGCUCAAGGGGACGCUGUGGAAUCGCACAAUGAAGCUGAGCAAGCCCGACUGGACAGGCAUGCGGACCACUCUUGGGAUGAAUGGGUAGACGAGCCUUCGGAGCACAGCGAUGCGAUGUCGGAUGAAGAGUCAGCGCAAGCAAAGCUCGAACGCGAAAACAAGCUGCUGCAGGAUGUCUCGGACUACAUUAGCGCCAUCCCAGAUGAGGGCGUGCAAGUGAUAAAUGGGCCACUAAACACCCCGGCGGACAUUUAUCGGAGAAUGAAGGCUCUCACUCGGUUAUCGGAGUCCGUGCAAGCUGACCAUCGUCUGGGAGUAGAGAAUGCUUCAGUAUCAAGCUCGUCAACUCGGGCAUUCAAGCCACGUAUUCCGAAGCAGUCACGCCAGACUCUGGCCGCCAAAAGCACAGGCACUGUGGCUCAAGACCAAGGUCAUCGGUCACACCAAGCCGACGACGUUAUAUCGGACCUGGUUGUCGAGCAAAGUAUCGAUGCCCCUGUCGCAGAAGACUUUGAGGAUUAUAUUUUAUCGACACAAGUAGCAAACGAAUACUAUCAUCAAAAGCAGCGCAUGAUUGCAUCACAAACAACUCUGAGUGGCAAGCCUCUACUCGAUCAGGCGUUUGAGCUCAAGCCUCCUCAAGAGAAGCCCUCGAUCUCAAAGUUCAAGGCAUCGCGUGUUUCGCAUGUUUCCGAUGACGAAGAGGCGCUCUAUGAAGAGUAUCUCCGUGAUAAAUAUGCGGCAACUGCCAAGACGCGCGCCACUGGGCCACCAAAGGUUCUGCCAAGCGGAAAAUACACACCGAGCGGGAGCAAGCCUGUCCCAACCAGCGUCGUGGAUGGUACGGCUGCCCGAGCUCCAAUCCAACCAUCGGACGUGGGAGUGACCGGCGCUAUCAAGGUGAGUUUCAAGUUCAAGCUUGUUUUGACUUGUUUGUGAUUGAUGGUGGUGAGUUUGCCAAAGCUUGCAAGAUGUUGAUUGCUGAGAUAGGAGAACAUCAAGCGGCGAGCGAUUGAUUUGUCAGUGGAUGACCUGUCAUUGGAUUCCAGGCCGUACGAUUCGCGGAUCCGGGUCAAGGGCAGCUCAGGGAAACGGGAGAGGAAGCCACUAUGAAGAGCCAUAAGCCAUCACUGCCUUGGGCACACGCUCGACCAAGCCCACCUGCCCAGUCUAUCGUGAGGGAAAAGUUCCCGGAAGCAACGAGUGUGCUAGAUG